AUAAAUAAAUACACCAGGUAUUGUCACCUAUUAACUGUUUCUGAAUAAAUAUCAACUGUGGUUUGAAGCUGUAUAUCUCUUCAUAUCAAAAUGGACUUACGUACGUGCCUGCUUCAAGGACCCGGUGCGAAUUAUGUACCAGGGCACUCAAACCAUCCGUAUCCCGAUGUACAACAUCGCUUGGCUCAUUGGAAAACUGUUGCGAACUGGGUAGUUACUGAAGCUACUCAACAUGACGAGCACGAACUACGUAUAUACGCCCUCCCGAGUGCCUUUAUAGUCGCUGAGAGUACGCGGCGACGAGAUGUUAUGGAUCUAUGCGAUCAGCUUUUCACAUUGACCAUUGUGAUGAUACCUCGACCUGCCCCAGGCGAGACUGCGCGGCUAUUCUGUACUGAGCCGUAUAGAGGGGAAUAUACUCUCUCAGAUCUGACUGAGCAGCUCAGUGAAGAUAAGCUAGGAGACCUAACAGAACUGCAAACCAAAUACUCCGACGUAAAUUGUGAUGUUGAUUCAGAACUGCUCGUCGAAUCUUUUGUGGGGUACGUAUUCGAACGCAUACUCAACCACGCAUCUGACGAUUUAGUACUGGUUAAGUUUCAGCUCCGACUUGCUGCGUGGUUUAACUCCGAAGAACUGUCCGUGCGUGAGUUUCAAUCGUUUUACGCGCUCGUAGAUGCCCUGGACGAGAACACUCGCGCCUUAUAUUUGAUUGAAGAGCGUUUGCAAGAUGCCCGUCAGCACUUGUACGACGAGAAUUGCGUAAAGGCCGAGGAAAAAUCAAAAAUUACCGAUCACUUGCCUUCGCAGUCGAUAUCGAGUUUGCCAGAUACAUCAUAUCAGAUCAAUACCGAGAAAUUAAGUUGCGAACCACUAAACGUAGACUCGAUUGGAUUGGGAAUAUAUGCUGAACCUAUCGUUAGUAUUCCUGCGCUAUUCACGCUCGAAGAUGUUGUCGCACUGAGUCGAGCUACGACCGAAUUUCCAGACCAUCUUGUUCUGUAUGCCGUUGAAUCAUGGCUAGCUACCUUUUUGGGCACAGCGUCAAGCGAUACAAAUUUUAAUGUAGAUCUCGAGAUCCUUGCUGGUGUGGCGAAAUGGCUCCUGGAUCUUGUCCAGAGAACUUCCAUCUCGUCAGAUGCACACCAUUACUCGGAGUGUGUAGUUAGUCAUCGCCGCCUGGUGGCCUCAGCAUUCGUUUGUCUCAAUCACAUUCUCAUUGUGCGAGAAUAUCCGGAAGCGGAGCAGUUUUCGCUCGGUUUGCCUAAUUGGUCAUCACAUUAUCGCUUGUCAAGUGAUAGCGCACUCGAGUUGCAUCGGCAGAUCGGUGAUUACAUCAAGCCUUUCCUAGCAAGACCUGAAGUGCCCGCGUUAGGUCUAGAGCACCCCCAAGGAUGGAUUCAGUUAGCAAAUUUGGUCGUGCGUGAAGAUGACGCAGACUUUCUUGAAGCACUUCAGUCGCAGGACAAACAGCGUACUGCACUAUGGAAUAAUACGAUUGUACCACUUCAGAGACGGUAUCGUCGUGCCGAGAAAGAGCUGGCCCGGUUGGUAAUCGAGCAAAUGAUGCACGAGGCGAAAAUAGAUGAAUUGAACUCAGAGCUCGUAAGUUUGAAGGAGGUAUUGAGCUCUGUUGAAAGGCAAAUGAAUGAUAAAAAAGAGUACCAUCAGGGCAAGAAAGAGGCGCGAGAUACGGCACGAAAAGCUAAAACAGCGGCACUGGACCGCGCGGAGGACCUGGAAGCAGUCAUCGAUAAAAAAAAGCGAGAUUUAGAUGUUUUGAAAAAGGAGCGGUCGGCUUCGGCAAAAACCUUCGAGAAUAAGUUGGGUUAUCAAAGUAUUUUCACCGAGUCGUUAGAGCAGACCAAACGUAAGAAACACGAGCGCAAACUCCGAAUGGAAGAUGUACAAAGCCAGCUUAAAACUCUGGUGCAGCGGGUAGAAGCAUUAGAAACCGGUAUACUGACUUUGCAACUUGGCUCGAGCUCCAACCUUUAUGGGUUUGAAGGGAAACUCUGGAACCUUUCACGUCUACAGAACGCAGUGGUUGGCGAGAAUACGAAAAAAGGAGAGUUGGAAGCCGCACUUCAGGAACUUGAAUCAGCUUCAGUAACUGGGGAUGAUCUAGACAUUGCUGGUGCACUCGACGACGCGAAAUCUGAUACCACCAAAUUGAAGGAUUUGUAUGAUGAGACUAUGAAGAAGUCCGAUUCCAACAUAGAAAUUGCGGAAGGGCACAUAGUCGAAUUAGAGACACAACUCCAAAAAGCUGUGCUGGAGGCCGACUUUCGCAAGGAGGCAUUCGUAUGGGCUCAGAAGACGCUGGCGGAUACGGACGACGGGUCUGAAUUUUAUGUGGAGAUUCGGCGCUUGUCCAAAGAGGUGAAUGAGUUAGAAAACCGUAUAAGUCAAAAACAGGAAACUGUAAAAUCACUGAAAAAGGAAAGUGAUGAUCAGCGGGAGAAAAUGACAGAAACUGAUCGCCCUUUCUACCCUAAAUUUACGGAACUACCUCACAGCAGAACGCAAGCCCGCAACCAUUUAUUCUUUAAAGAGAAAAUGACACCAAAACUGGACAACUUCGCAUUGUCUCUUUACAACUUGCCCUGCUAUACGAAAACCCGUAUCUCUGCGGGAAAUGAAUUCCCAGGCCAGUUCAAGACGAUGGUGAGUUAUCGCAGAAGGAAGUCAUUAAUUGCAGUGAAAGUUAUGGAUAUGGAUAUUAAUGACUGGACGAAGGACGGUCUGGACUAUGCGGACCUGCAAUAUAAGGAUAUAUAUAUAGUUUGGAAAUUCGAUGAUAAUGUUUGGGAAUUCAAACUCAAUGGGGUCGACGGUGCUCUUUUCGUACCUGACAUCAAAUCGGAUUCGAAAUGGGCUUUGACGACGGUCGGUAUAUCUGCCAGCGAUGAUAGCACGCGCUCUAAUGAAUGGGUGGCGCACACAGAACAACUUUCCGAGGCGGAUGGUGAGGCCGUUGGUCGUGUUCUAGCGUUUCCACGCCAGUCAUGGAUGGAGCUAGUUGCGUUUAUACGCACCCAAGAUUUGCAACUGAGUACUGAUUUUGCAUCUCGGAUUCGAAUCGAGAACGCCAUUUCAGUGGUGAUGGAUUUGGUGCGACGCGUUGGCCCACUAGAUCCAGACACGGGUGACUAUAUUUGGGCGAGUGGAGUGAAGUGCGACAGUGCAAUCUGGGAGAUUUUCCGUUCGAUCAUUGACAACAAUGCCAACAACCCACACAAUGUUGUAGUACUAUGGCUCACAGCCGAGGCUUUAAAUCGUCUCGUGCAGUUAGGGCUCGAUGAGGCUCUCCCAGUGCUGCAUCAUUGUGCUAAGCAAUGCUCUCAGCUCCCCCGUGACAGCUUCAUGGUUAAUGCGGUAUGUACAGUAGUCGCUGCAUACUCCUUUGAGCGUGCCAGAGAACCUGAUGAUAGUCGCAAGGCCUCUGAGUAUCUAUUAGCGGCGCGAAUCGCUGCUUAUGGCUGUCGUCCUUCAGAUCAUGCUUUCCUCAAUGAGGCUCCAGAAUUGCUGAAAACAAUCUUAGAAAGAACUUUGGAACGAAUUUGUGUGACCUGGAUAGCAAACCUAGAUAAGGACAACUGCAUUGUUGAUCGUGUUCUGAACAGUUUUUGGAACAGUGAUGCAACCCGAGAUUGGUCGAAUUCCGGCAGUAGCCUCUUCGUAUGCCGCUACCCAUCCUACGAGCUCGAUGUGCUUACAGGCGAAAUUCGUAUCGACAUGAAGCACGCUGGGCCAUUGCCACGUUCGUUAAUAGCGCAGAGCAGCUGGAAGCAGUUAUUCGGUGACACUGUAUUUCCAGAAAUGGUAAAGAGUGAUGAUGUAUAUACCAGUUUACCGGAUGUACCUUUUCCACACUACACAAUACGCACAGACGAGAAAGGUCAAUUAUCAGGCGUGCGCGCGGAGUAUGAAAAUGAAGUCACAUUAACUACCGGCGUAUCAGAUGCUUCUUGCGUGAUCAAUACGAUGCCACGCGAAAUGUACACGCGGACACCAUGGUAUGACAAGCACCGCGAUCGAGUGGUUUUUAUGGAUACAACAGGCACGGUACUAGAAGUUGCGGAGGCGGAUGGAAAAUCAAAUGGUAGAUACAACAUUGUAUACGUUGAAGACAACCGAGUCAACAAAGAAAAUUCUUGGGCGGCGGAAGGAUUUAUAUCUGAAAUCCUUCCAACACAGAAACGGUUAUUGCAUGUGUGCGACGAGCUCCAACUGUGGACAGAUGUGCUCGCACGUGUAGAAGAUCAGGAACAUAUUGAGUUAAGCAGCCUGUAUGUACCUUCAAUAGAUCAGUUCAAACUCACAUGGAAGUUAUAUCGUUGGAGCGCUAUUGGACUCAGCUUCGAGCAAACCCUGGGUCAAAUUGCAUGGCGUAGUAUGGAGUACGAUGGGUAUGAGAUGGCACGUGAACAGCACUGCCCCCAUAUCUGGGGCCAGUCACGAAAUUAUUUACGCUUGGUGGCAACGGACCCUAAUGAAGCUGUAAGACUGCCAGAUAUCUUCUUGUUGCGCGAACUGGACCCACAUACCACUUCUCUCAUGGAAUCCUCCGAGGUACAUAUAACGUAUCAUGAGUACACAAUUCACCCUACCUUAGGCGAACUUAGGGCACGUACAAUGGAAGGCUUGUUGUAUUUGGCCGUGGAGUCUCUACGUCACCACGACGGGCUGCCUCUGACUGAUAGCAAUGUCAUGACAGGUGAGGAGCGUGCUACCGAAUGUCUUCGCAGAGCGUUGGCAGUAGAUACGUUAUCGCCCAACUCGUCAACGGAAAGGUCAUUAAGGAUGAUAGAAUCUCUAUGUUCGUCAGUACAAUCGCCCAUCUACCAGAUGUGCGCCUUGGUUCGUCACCAAGCGGCCAUUUUGGGGUCGCUAAAUGAGUCUGCGAGUGAAGAUUUAGAACACACUUUACGUACACAGGCUGAAAUUGACUCAAAGGUAGAGACAUGUAUGCGAUUAGGGCCUCGUCUACAGCUUCCUGCAAGCCUUUUGUUGCAGUCUGAUUCAAUAGACAGUAGUUUGAAGGCGGAUGUGCGAUCGUUCCAGACGAUAAAUAUUGAGCCAGUGCCCUACACAACAUCCGCCGGCAAGCACGAAGCGAAGUUGAACUGUAUGUUGGCAGUACUAGGCCAAGAUAGUCGAUCAGAUUCUAUUGAAGAAACCGACAGCAAACUGAAAUUCCCACUUGAGGGGCUCAAGGCCGUAACUGAGCAUAUGGAAAAUCUCAUCCAGUCCACUAAAGAGAGCUGGGAGGAAUACCAAAAUAUCAUCCCCGUGAAACCAGUUGUUGAUGAAAUGAGACCUAUUAUAUGGGAGAUUCAGCGAGAGGGUAGGGUGGCUAGGGACAAACUGGUCGCGUACAUUGACUCGGCAAUGCGGCGGAUAACCAAGGAGGAUCCACUGAACUGGAAGGUUCGUCAGAUUGUUGGCUUUAUUCCUCAAUUUUCUCGCAUCGACUAUGUCCGAGCAAUUUUGGACGAGAAACACAUACUCAGCUUCACUCCCUACCUAUCACUUGUCUCCGUAGAACGAGUGCGCGACGCUCUGUUUGCCUGGGCGGAACUCGUUGUGCUGCUGGACAGAUGCUCUCGACUGCUUGCACCAAAUAUUACGCUGAAUUCACUUAUCGUCGAGCUGGAAACGAAGCGCUCGUACGAUAUCCGCACUUACCCUGAAUGGCUGGUAUUCGAGCUCGACGGGCGGUUACAGAUACGUAAUGAUCAACAGGCCGCUGUGGCUGAACUCGUGAAGGCUAUGGGGCCUAAUCUCUCAGAUACGCAGCUUAAACCUAUGAUGCUGCAAAUGGGGAUCGGCUCGGGCAAAACGCGUGUGGUGAUGCCACUGCUAGCGCUCCAUAUUAACAGCAAGGUGUACGCAUGCAUCGAACACCAUCCCCACAAGUUGUGCCGUGUGCUGGUGCCAGAGCCACUACUAGACGAGGCAUAUGCCGCCUUCAUCACCUCGUUAUCACUCAGUACAUUAGCACAACCUGUCAUACGCAUGCCGUUUUCGCGUCAAAGUAGUAUCAGUGAGAAAGAUAUGGACUUGCUGUACCGCCACCUUUCACUGCUGCGUGUGCAUGGUGCCAUGGUUAUGAGCGCCCCAGCUCAUAUCAACUCGGCGCGGCUGAAAACAGUGGAAGAGGUAGAAGAUACAAACUGGUCCAGAAUGCCACAGACCUUUGUGAAUCCAAACCUGUUUGUUGACAUUGUGGACGAGUGUGACGAGGUGUUCCGCCCGGGGAGUGAGCUUGUCUAUGCGGUAGGUGAGGUGCGCUACGAUGGAGCCGAUUCCCCAACUAGCCUGUUAAGGAUUCGUGUGAUUGAAAUCGUUUUGGAGCUCGCGUGGAGCUACCAGGAGGAUCUUGGCGAAGCGGUGGUGCCAUGGUGUGAUUUUUGCAAGGAACUUCUGCAUCGAGUUUUUAAUUUGCCGUCAAGAGCUGGAAACUUGGCAUGGCUUGACGAAGCGAGAGACCGUGAUGUAAUCGUUGGGACAGAAGAGCCGGAUAUGGACGAAUACAAAGAUUCGGAGUCGACUCAAUUGUUAAUGUUGCGUGGGUUGUUCUCAUUUGGUUUGCUGGCGAACCUAUGGGAACGUCGUUAUCGAGUGCACUAUGGGAUCGAUGAAACGGAAACGACAUACAAGAAGAAACGUCUAGCCGUCCCUUUCCGUGCCAACGAUACACCGUCGCACAAGAGCGAGUUUGCACGGUUAGACCUUGUAAUUGGUUUUACCAUCAUGUCGUACUACCACAAAGGUCUGACCUUGCAUCAAGUUGGCGAAGCAUACAGACGGCUGUUGCAGCUCAACAUAAAUCAACGCGAGGCCGAGUAUAAGUAUUGGACUGCGGACUUAGAUAAUGAUUCGUCCUGUCCCCGCAGUGUAAAGGAUAUAACCGACGCCGAUAUCGAGCAACUAGCCGCAGUUGUUGGGAACAAACGAACAGUAAUCCAUUUCUGGCUUAAUCAGUGCUUGUUCCCAACCGAGCUGCAAACAUACCCUCUGUCGAUAUCGACCAAUUCGUGGCAUUUGAUGUCAGGUUCGCAUCGUAUUGUUGGAUUCUCAGGUACUCGAGACUUGGGUUUGUUGUCACCGCACGCCACAGAGAUGGGCUAUGUCAAAGGUCACAAAGGAGCUAAUGGUCGAAUGCUAACUCUGACCAACAGAGUCAAGGACGAAGACGUGUACCCCGUAGGAAAAGGCGCGGAGGUCAUAAGCGACCUGAUCUCCAUAGCAAAGAAUCGGCAGGUUGAUGCUAUAAUCGAUGCCGGAGCUCUAUUCCAAGGUCACACACCCGCAGAAAUCGCGGUACGUUUGCGUGCAGAACUGCCACCGUCCAAAUAUCGGAGGGGUAUCGUUUACCACACCCCAGAGGGUUGGCGUACUUUGCCAUCCGACCAGAGUACCAAAUCACAAGACAUGGCCACAUGCACUAUCCCAGUACAUCAGUGUUUGGUAUUGUACGAUCAGGAGCACACGCGUGGGGUGGAUAUGCAACUGCGACACGAUGCCUUUGCCCUCGUUACUGUAGGCCCAGACUUGACUCGAGAUGCGUUUAUGCAGGCCAUAGGGCGCUUGCGUUUGCUGGAUGGCAAUCAGCGCUUUGGGCUUGUGAUACCUCAGAACAUUUUGGACAAAACUGACUGCAUAGCCCCAACAGAGGAAUGGACGCGCACACAGCGUCUUCUUGGCUGGUUGCUGCAGAACACUGACCAUGCGGUACAGUAUAAUGUUGUGAAUUGGGUAGAACAAGCCAUACACUUCCGUGCUACGGAUGCGGCACGUCGUCGAAACCAACAACCGCGAGAAUUGAAAUUCGCUGGAUUCGGCGGCCCACUUGCUGCACGGACAACCAUGACGACGAAUCAAGCAGGAGGAUUCGGUGCAAAGACGACGAAUCAAGCAGGAGGAUUCGGUGCAAAGACGACGGAUGCACAAAAACCGUCCUUCGGCACACCUGCUUCCGCAUCUUUCGGCGCACCUGCUCCCCCCAACACCGACGCGUGGUAUUUAGACGACCAGGAUCAGCCAGACAAACUCUACGGCAUAAGUUGUCGUGUGGAACCCCCGGCGAUUCGCGCGAUCGAAUUGCUUGAGGCGAAUGCUCAUCAUUUCAACGAUGAUUUGACGGGUAAAUGUCUCCUUAUAACCCUCCAACACACUGUCAAGUCGCUGAAACCUAAUGAGGACUCACUUCCUGUCAACACAGACCACGGAUUCAACACCUUUGUGCAAAGAGAAAUGCAGCAACACCAGGAACAGGAAAUCGCCAUGGAGGUAGCGAGCGCCGUAUACACACCAGCGAUUGACCCGAAUGAGAGGGAGGUGAUGCGCACUAUGGCGGUGAAUGGGUCUGCCAUAGAGUCUCGGUUGCUUUGCUCUGCAAACUUUGAAGCUAAAGCAGCUACAGGUACGCACCCCAUCUACAAGUACGUGGGUCCUUUGUGUUAUAAUGCCGAUGAUAACACGUACGAGGUGCUCACCCAGCGAGAAGCCGAGUGGUACAUGGAGGAAAAUAAGCAACUUCUCCAUCUCAACGUACACAAUACUGAGCCCUUCACGGCUCUACUGUCAGUUUACAACGGCUACUUAUCUCUCGAUAGCGAGGACCGGCGCCGCUUCUUGGUCACCUGCGACGAUGAGACGGCUCUGGCGGCACUACGCAGUGUCAUCGAUAGCAGACGGCUUGCAGCAUCUAUCCCGGACUCACACUUUGGCCAAGCACUCAUCAAUGCACGCAUGAUAUAAUUUUAGUGCUCGCAGCUUGAUUUGUUCGACGAUAUGCCUCCGGUGCGUUUUGUAUAGUAAUACGUGUGUACUGCAACAAGCCACGCCACUGGAAUCGUCUGAAUUUAUCUUUGAUACCCGCAGACCGAGUAAGCAAUUGAUUGUGAAUGUGUAUCGUGUGGAAGCCUCAGUGCACAAAAAAAUAGUAUACUUCUUGCUUCUUGAGGAUUUCAUAUAGUGACAUAUAUUCAUGAAUGUACACAGUAUAUAAUAUAUAAUAACCAAUAUUAAAGGGUCGAUGCGAGAACACAAUGUACAACUUCGGUUUGUACCUAGACGUUGGCAAAUCAAUUGCUAUUAAUUUCUUCACUAUGAGUCUGUUGUUCUAAUGAAAGCGUUUGUAUACAUGAUGGUAAAUUCAAAUAAACAUAUUUCUGC